UAAAUAACUAUUGAGAGAGAGAGAGAGAGAAACUAGGUUGUUGAAAAAACAAUGUUAAGGGAUUUUUCAGCAACCCAGUCUAUUCAAAUAAUAUCUAAUAUAAAUUGUUUCUAAUCAUCGUAACAAUCCAUCUCCAUAAUCGACGGAUGUACAAUUACCUUGUAUGCCCAUUGGCGUAAUUGUAUGAAUUUUGUUAAACGUCUAUGUCAAAAUUUGUGAUGACGGCGAUGUUGAAGGACAAGACACAAUUUACGUUUGAAGACAAGUGGCCAUGUAUGCGACCGAUCAUACUGAAACUACUUAAACAAGAGCCAGUGACACAGGCGGAAUGGCAGGAUUUAUUUUAUGCCGUUCACGUGUGUUUAUGGGACGAUAAAGGACCACUGAAAUUACGAGAUGCUCUGGAAGAGGAUAUAAUGGAUUUUAUAAAGCAAACUCAAAAACAAAAAGUUUUAGCUCAUCAAGAAGAACAAGCACUGUUGAAAGCGUAUGUAACCGAGUGGAGAAAGUUUUUUACGCAAUGUAAUUAUUUGCCGACGCCAUUUAGACAAUUAGAAACGUAUCUUACGGGAAAGACUAGCUCCAGUACUCAAAAGAGGAAUCAACCUGAUGAUAUUGUUAGAAAGCUAAUGUUGGAUACUUGGAACCAUAGCAUAUUCAAUGAAAUCAAACAAAGACUUCAAGAUGCGGCUAUGAGAUUAGUACGCGCCGAAAGAAACGGCGAAGUAUUUGAUUCUCAACUUGUUAUUGGUGUUAGAGAAUCUUACGUAAACUUGUGUUCAAAUCCAACGGAUAAGCUGCAGAUAUAUAGAGAAAAUUUUGAAGCAGCGUACAUACAAGCUACCGAGGCAUUUUAUUGGGUAAACGCGCCGGAAUACUUGCAGUUGCACGGCGUGGAGAAUUACAUGCGUUACGCCGAUACGAAAUUAAGAGAAGAGGAGCUGCGCGCUCAGAAAUAUCUGGAGCCAAACACCGCGAGUAUGCAACGACUAACGGACUGCUGCGUGAAAGUGUUAGUAGCGAGUUUUAAGCCAGCCAUACUUGCCGAGUGCAUACGAAUGAUUCAACAUAAUCAAACUGAUAAGCUUCGCCUCAUGUUGAAAUUGAUGGACAGAGUACCCGAUGGUGUCGGUCCGAUGUUAAGAAAUUUGGAGGAACAUAUCACGAGCGCAGGUCUAUCAGACAUGAUGGCAGCCGUGGAGAUCAUCACUCAGGACUCUGAAAAAUACGUGGAAAGACUGUUAGACCUGUUCCAUAGGUUUUCCACGCUGGUUAAGGAAGCGUUCGAUGAUGAUCCGCGGUUUCUUACAGCGCGGGAUAAAGCUUAUAAACUGGUUGUCAAUGACGCCACGGUAUUCAAAUUAGAAUUGCCUACUCGGCAGGGUUCCGCAAUUGGUGGCGCGUCCGUUUUAAAUAAUAGACCUGUUAACAAUAACGGACACGCCGAGUCAAAGUGUCCGGAACUUCUCGCGAAUUUCUGUGAUAUGCUUCUUAGAAAAACGCCUCUUAGCAAGAAACUGACCACGGACGAGAUCGAAAGUAAACUAAAGGACGUAUUGUUAGUACUGAAGUACGUCCAAAACAAGGAUGUAUUUAUGCGCUAUCAUAAAGCGCAUUUAACUAGGCGCUUAAUAUUGGACACAACCACCGAUUCAGAGAAAGAAGAGAAUAUGGUAGACAUGCUUCGCGAAGUCGGCAUGCCCGCGGACUUUGUUAAUAAAUUAGCUCGUAUGUUCCAAGAUAUUAAAGUGUCUCAAGACUUGAAUCAGCAGUUCAAGGAGCAAUGCCGAGCUGCCAUAGCAGAUAGCAUAAAUAUUAAGAUUCUCAAUGCUGGUGCAUGGGCCAGAGGUAGUGAACGCGUCAUCGUGAGCUUGCCGCUUCAGUUAGAAGAUUAUAUUCCAGAAGUCGAGGAAUUUUACAAGAAGAAGCACAGUGGAAGGAAAUUGCAGUGGCAUCAUCACAUGUCUAAUGGCACGAUAACAUUCACGAAUAAAGUGGGCCGCUUCGACAUAGACGUAACGACUUUUCAAAUGGCGGUGUUGUUCGCUUGGAACCAACGACCCAAUGAGAAAAUUUCUUACGAGAAUCUCAGAUUAGCUACGGAACUUCCGGAUCCCGAACUGAGACGGACUCUGUGGUCCUUGUGUGCCUUCCCGAAGUUAAAGCGGCAACUUCUUUUGGUCGAGCCGCAUGCCGCUACUCCAAAGGAUUUUGCGAAUGACACAAGAUUUUGGGUCAAUCAAGAAUUCGCUAUUGUAAAAAACGGCAAGAUGCAAAAGCGGGGAAAAAUAAACCUGAUAGGACGUCUUCAAUUGUCAACUGAACGCAGCAGAGAGGAGGACAACCAGUCUAUUGUACAACUUAGAAUAUUACGAGUGCAGGAAGCUAUCAUCAAAAUUUUAAAGAUGCGCAAAAAGAUCACUAAUGCACAACUGCAGACCGAGCUGGUGGAUAUACUGAAAAACAUGUUCUUACCAAGCAAAAAGAUGAUAAAGGAGCAGAUCGAGUGGCUUAUCGAACACAAGUAUAUUCGUAGGCAUGACGAUGACAUCAAUACGUUUGUGUACAUGGCAUAACACGGGAUUAUAUAUACGUAUAAGAUUGUUCGAGCUAUAUGUUUAAUAUUAUAUUUUUAUAAAAAAGAAUUUAGGUUUUUUAUCUUUAAGGAUACGUUCCAGUCCGCUGUAUCGUUUUGUCUCACCACUUUUCUUGUAACACUGUGAAACGAAACAAAACACUGUGCUAUUUGACUUAAUUUUGGGAUGUGGAGUAAAUAUUUGAUAAAGGGCAGGUCAUGCUGCUUUCAUCCAGCUAUCGAUUGUUAUUAUUAUUAUUAUUAUAUGAAUAAAGUAAAAUUGUAUACUUAAAAAUUGGAGUCGCAAUAAUACUAAGAAGACAUUACGCAAUAUAUUAUAUGGUACUGUAUCCGAUAAAACGAAACUUGUGGCAUUUUUUAUUUUGACAUUGAAUGAUCGAGAAGGAAUUGAAGAAGGUAAAAUUACAAUUAAUAGCCAUUGUUUCUUCAAUUGUCUAUAAUUUGCUGAAAAGUAUUUCUAAAUAUUUUUGGCGAUUUCGAAAAUAUUUUCAUGAGAGAGAAUCUGUGUCGUUAAUCAAGUUUAUUGCAAGAACUUUCGCGUUGGAACUUUGGUACACAACAAUUUGGCACUAGGAACGUUACUACGUGUCCUUUGCACAAUUUUGAGCAAUGGUGUACAUUAUAUUAAUUACAUUUAGUCAUAAACAAUAAAAAUUCAUACUUUGAAUACGCGCGCACGCGCGUGCACAUACACAUUACAAUAUUCUUGCAGACGGAUUUACUUGUUCCUAAUUAAUAAAUGUGGUAUAUGUGGAAGAUUUGGGCAUUUCCCAUAUGAUAUUUUUAAUUUAGUUCAGGAUUUAUAUAUAAUGAAAUUUGCGGACGACAUUCGAGUGUACUCGUGAUUUUCAUUUUGAGAAUAUAUAUAUAUAUAUAUAUUCUCCCAGCGAAUAAUGUUAUCCAAUGGCCUACAAUAAUUUAAUAUGCGUAAGCAUGUACCUCGCAACAUGAUAAAAAUAUGUGUAUUUGUAUGAUGAUUUCUAUAUCCAAAAUAGUCACGAUAAGAUUCGAAGAUCCUCGGAUUAAGUCAGAAAAAAUUAGUCAUUUAAGCAAUUAAUUAAUAAAGGCGGUUGUGUAUGUAUAAAGCUUUUAUAAUAAUAACUUCAAUAAGCGAAAACUGAGUGUGUGUAACGUUGUGUAAAAUCUUAGUGAAUUAAACGACGAAGCAUUU